UGAGGUCAAGAGUUCAAUCAAUAGCUCUGUCGGAGAGCAAGCAGCUAGCAGGAGCAGGGGAGUCAGUCAGUCGAGCUUUGGGUCGCUUACAUUGCUCUACGUUUUAGAUCUACCCUCUUCCUCCACAUCGUAAAGGAUUUACGAAUCGUGUUUCAAACAGUUUUCGGUGCACAGAGCUGAAGUAGCAUGGGUGGGCUCAGUCGCCACGGGCAUCACUUUCCUCAUGUGCAUGAUAUCCAGCAUCGUGUCGGACCGCGUGGGCAUCCGUCCCACAGCCGUGGUGGGUGGCGUCCUGGCCUUCGCCGGCAUGAUGUCCAGCGCCUUUGUGGAGGAGCUCAUGCUCCUGUACCUCACCUACGGCGUCCUCCUCGGGUUCGGCUUCGCCUUCGCCUACGCCCCCUCGCUGGUCAUCCUCGGCCACUACUUCAAGAAGCGGAUGGGCCUUGUGAACGGUAUCGUGACCUUCGGCUCCUCCGUGUUCACCAUCGGCUUCUCCUUGGGGCUGCCGCGCCUCCUGGAUCAGGUCGGGCUCCGCUACACGCUGGUGUUCCUCGCGGGCAUGAUCGUGCUGCUCGUCCCCUACGCGCUAACCUGGAAGCCGGUGUUUACCCGCGAGAACCUGGGCGUGUCUCAGGCGGCCAUGUCCACCCUGUCCGUGGAGAUGAUCCAGAGCCAGUGCGCCGACUGCUGCCGGUUCACCAGGAAGUACCUCAACGUGAAGAUCUGGAGGAACAAGGGCUACGUGGUGUGGGCGCUCUCCAACGGCAUCAGUCUCUUCGGCUACUUUGUGCCCUUCGUGCAUCUGGUGAAACAUGUGCAGGACGAAUUCCCUGACGAUGACGGAAACAUCCUGGUCAUGUGUCUUGCCAUCACCUCCGGCGUGUCGCGUAUUGUCUUCGGCAAGGUUUAUUGUACGACCAUCUGGGCAGCUAUGACAUCGCGUUUCACGUGGCGGGCUGCCCACCCAUCCUGGGCGCUCUGCUCAUGUUCUUCAUUCCCAAGACGAAAGCGAAUGUUCCAGCUGUCACAUCUAUACAGGAGUUUGCUGCCGUAUCGUGCCAUGAUAUCUACCACAGUAAGCUUGAGUUUGAAGCUGAAAUAGAACCUCCCAAAGUCAGUGCCGUCACUCCAGAGGUGAUAACCAUCGAUGACGUCAGUGACCUGGCACAGUUGACGGGUGUCACAUCGCUGGACACCGAUGAGGACCUCAGCAGAAGCACACUGCCCGCUGAUGGCGCGGCAAGCCCCGUGGACACACCCAGCAGUGAGAUCAGAGAGACCGCCAUUGUGGAGGAAGCUGGUGCGGCAUACAGUGACAGAGAUAUUGUGGCCGAGAACGGAAAGGAGACGGAUCCCAUGGUGCCCCCAGCAAAAGUUUACAGUGGUGACAUUGAUGUGUGACCUUACCUGCAUGAUGGACUGACGUGUGAAUGUGGAUGAUUGGUCCUACCGGCAGCGGGUGGAAAAGCAACACACCACUGUGAGGACUUUGUUAGUUUGAUUGUAUUUGAAGAUAGUGCAGGAAGUGUUCCAACAUAUCUGUCAUUGUUUGGUACUGGCAGCAUCUAGUGCCAGACAUACUUGAAUGUUUGAUCAUGCUUACAGCCGUAAUGUCUCUGCCUAAGAUCUCAGCUGCCAGGCAUCUUGAAAAAGCAGGGUAUUAUGGGAAAAGAAUCCUUGCUGAAUUAGUACAAGCCGUAUAGUUUGACCCAGAAUUCAGAAUAAUGUCCCUUUAAUUCAGAGUGCUUUUCUUCAUCCUGUUUUUCAUUUUGCUGACGCGAAAUCGUGAGUGUACAUGAUAAAACACUCGUAAGAAAGAAACCUUUGAAAGUGAAGACCGUAGCCAAAACAUGGAACGACCGAAGUCAUUACACGUAGGUGACCAGUAGACGCAGGAUUAGAUACCAACAUGUCUCCAGAUAGGCAGAAUAAAACUUAACUUUUUGCCCCCACGGGACGCUGAUCGACGCCGGUAAGAAGCUGUCCGUUUCCCCAACGGGGCGCCGAUUGGUGACAGGGUGAUGUUGCAACAAAGACGUUGCAGUAAUUAUCUCCUUUCUGAUAUCUGCUUUUGUUAAAGUUAAGUUUCCUUUCUGAAUGGUGUGUGUGGCCUUUGAGGUCGAAAAUCAGUUUGUAUACAAUUGGAGUAAAUUUUAUUGAAAAAUGUUGAGUAGACCAAGCAUGAGUGCUGCUUUACUCGUAUGCCAUGAUGAGAAUUCGGGUGAUGAAUGUGCUAGAUUUAAUAUUUUCAGUUCCGAUUCUAGUUCAUUUAAUGGUGAACUUGCGAUCAUCACUUUCAAUUUUCUCAGUAUGCUGGAAAUUUUAUGGUUGGGGUAUUUUUGCCAAGAUACUGCCAAGUACUGAUGUAGCGUAUCUGCAUCCUGGUCCGUGUGGACAAGUGUUGUGCGCUCUGCGUGCUGCGUCAGUGGAAAGUGUUAAACUACUCCCCACUUGAAUGUGAUUCCUGCCUUCUAAAUAUGAUGGUACCCUAGGUUUCUAGGAAAAUCAUGAGAAAUAAAAUAACCUCAAAGUGUGGUCACUCAAGCAGACUGACCUGUUUAAAUUUUCUUUGGUAAAAUUGCUCUCUAAGAAAAGCAAGAUUUUUUACUCAGUUAUUGUUGGGUAAAGCCAGGAUCUUAGAUAUGGUUUCAUGAACACUUUCAAGCAAAAAUUCUGUUUCUUAAGAAAAGUGAGCUCUAUGACAAAGCAGGAAGAUUGGCAGUGGGAUCUUAGGCAUAGAUCACUGUUGUUGAAAAAGAAGUCCAGCAGUGUGGUCAUUAUUAUCAUUUGAGACACUACGCAUUCUUUUAUUUUAUACGUGUCUUUAUUGUGAAUGUAUUAUUAUCUUGUCUCUGUUAAAAGAUAAAGAAUAUAGAUUUAGGUAGAAAACUGUGUGAUACUACCACGGAUAGUUAUUGUGAUUCAGUAUGUUCUUCAUAUAAGGAUAUAUCUGUGACGUUUAGAGGUUUAUCAAACUUACUUUGUGAUUUUAUUUCUGAAUUCAUUCCAAUGGCAUUGUUUGACGGUUUGGGUGUUAUGAAGCACAAUGAGUUGGGGACGUUAUGCAUCAUCAGCAUCCUAAGAAAAGUACAUUUUUGUAUUUUUCUUUUUUAGUCUUUUUAGUGGGGACUUUUUUAAAAUUUUGCUGGAAAGCAAAUGUAUUUUGAAGUUGGAUAUUUCCCUCACACAAGGUCAUGGGCAUACUGCCAUGCUGGAACUGGGCAAAACAGCAAGGAUAAGAGACAAAUGUUCUCAAGUUGAUGGGUUUUGAAUGCACAUUUAUGUUUUAGCUCAAAUUUUUAGUGGCUCAAACUUCUAUUGUUUUAGAAUUUGAUUAUUCUGUGAUAAGAUUUUGACAUGUUUGGUUAUGUUUUUUUUAAAAAUAGAAAUUGUUCAGCUUAGGAGCUUAUUGGUAAAAUGUGUAAUUGGAACUGCUUGCAUAAUUGACUGUUAUACUUUUUAAAAAAUUUGUAGUUAUAAAAGUCAGCGUGGAGCAAUUUGAAGGAGGCAAUAUUUGUACACAGAAUCAUUAGAAGGCAUUAAUUGUACAUAAAAUUAUCAAGACCAGCCAACCAUCAUUUAUACUUUGAAUUAUUAGAAGAGUGCAUUUGGGCAUAUGAGUAUGAGAGUGUUAAUUGUAUGGAUAGAUCAUUAAUUGUAUCGAAGGUGCCAGGUGAUUAUCAAUAGGAAAUAAUAUUUCUUUAUUGACAUCUUGUUAUCAAAUAUUUAUUCGCUUUAAAAUAAAUACUGGCCUUGUUUAAGUAAAUGAUUAAAUCUGAAAUUUCACAGGUGUUUAGCUAAAAAGUGACAGUUUCUAGUCUAGAAUUUCAUCUUGCUAUUUGUUUUGUAUUUUACAAGGGGGGGGGGGGGAAUAAAGAUCAGUGCCUCGUCUCUACAUGACUACAAGAUGUAAUUGUUCACUGUAUUUUAUUACUUUUUUUUUUUCUCUAUCCUCUUAUACGACGAGGUGUCUCGUGACAUGCAGUUGUCGCACAUGGACACUGUAUUUUAUUAAGUUCAUUAAAAGAAGGUUUAGAUUUACAGUUUGUUACGGUUUCAAAGUUUUAUAGUAUCAAGGUUUUUGGUGCAAGUAAGUGCUGUUUCUUUGUAUGAUUUCUUGUGAUGUUAGAAUAUGCUGCUGAUUUGUUUUCAGUGUAGACAAUUAAUCAUUUUUAGUUGGGUUCCUUUAGUAAGUGAAAUUUAGGCUGUGAUCAGUGCUCUGUUUUGUGUUAUUUUUUCAAAGUCCCUACGGUCUUUUGUUGUGUUCAGGCUUAUUUAGCUUACAUAAAUCAGUGUCAGAAUUGUAGAUACAGUGGAGUCUGCUAAACCGAAAUCUGAAAAACUACUGGUUGAAUCCUGUUUUUUUUGUUUAGAGAGGUUGCUCAAAUAGUAUUAAAAAAUUUGGGAUUUUUAAACUGUCUUUUGGUUUACCACUGUUUUCAGAUUAACCGUGUUCGGUUUAUGCAGAUUCCACAGUAUUUCCUUCCAAUUAGGCGCUGUAUGAUGUCAUUUGCUUUACAUCUUUGUUUUUAUAUUCAAAUUUGAUACAUUCAUACAAAAAACCACAUCUUUGACUGUGUGGGGGUGUUCUUCUUUUACAUGGGGAUAGCCUUUGAUCACAUACAUAUUCUUUUAUCUUGAAAGUUCACAGUUACGAUUAUUAGAUUAUUAUAUAUAUGACCCCUCAUUCUUACAGGCUUUUGCCGAUGCUUCUGAAUACUGAAUUUAAUUUUGCUAUUGUAAACUUUUAUAAACACUUUAAAAACUGUGUCUGAUGGACAAAUGUUUUUGCCUGGUCUCUUGGCAUUGACACAUGUGCAAACUGUGGCUCCGUGUCUACAGCAUAAAGGCUUGUAUCCAUGCUAACAGAGGAUUUCUUUCUUCCAACGAAUGCAGAGUUAAACCAGCCAGUAGGCCUACUGUUUACCGAGCAGUUUUCUUUACACGCAAUUUGAAUUUGCAGUUUUUAAGAAAUUUUAAAGAAAUUUUUAAGAAAUUUCGGAUACACACUCUUUUAUGAAAUAUCAAAAGGGGCACUACUGUAUUAGAACACAUGACACUGGGGUACUCAAACCGCAAAUUCAAAACGUUUCCAAAAAAACUAAUGGGCAAAAUGCAUUUUUGAAAAAAGGGGCUUGCGAAGAAAAAAAAAAUAAGGUCUACAGUAGCUGUUUAACAUCCUACCCUUUAGUUUACUCUUACCUGUGAAACUUGUUAUUGUCAAUUCAAAUGGUGCUGUGCUGCUUUAUGGUGUGUUUUAGUAUUGAUAAAUGGACAGGUUAAGAACAUGUUGUCUAACUGGAUUGUGAGCGUUGGUAAGAUGUUUAAUUGUAUGUUUAUUUCUUGUAUGAAAUAUGGCUGACAUCAGUUCUGUUUCUUCAGUUUCAAAAGUUUUAUUACUUUUGAAUGUAAUAAUAUUGAAAAAUACAGAAUGCUUUGCCUUGUAUUAGUGGAAACAAAGUAUAUUUCCCCUGUGAUAAUGUUCUUAAAGUCCAGAUUGAUGAGGCAUUUUGUUCAAGAAAGUACAAUUCUAGAGUUGAUGCUUCCGUUUUCAUGAUUGAUCACGUACAAUUGUUUGUAUCAAGUGUUUGAAGAUGGUGGUAAAGGAUAGCUUUCAAGACCUGUUUCUUCUAAAAACAUGCCACUUUGGGAACAUAACGUGCAACAGAAUUUUUCUUGAACUUACUAGAAGCGAAAAUCCCAUAAGUUUUUGAUAGCGUAGCCAACGUGUGCAUUCUUUGCCUUAUUGAAGAUUAAAAUUGAAUGGAUAGCAAAUAAUUGUCAGCUCAAAGUCCAAGCUGAGGCUGUUAUUCCGGAUGGAGGGGGAGGGUGUACAUAACAAUUAAAUGGUUGGGUUUGCAGGAGCCUCGAGUUGAUGGACAGACUGAUAUGUUACAAAAUUGUGGAAAAAAAAAA